UCAAAUGAGCUUAAAAUGCAGACUUUCUUGCGGUACAUUGGUGAUCCGGGCUUCCAAGUAGGCGUUAGUGAAGAUGUUGGAAUCCACCAAACGACCGUUUCCAGGACCGUUUGGGAAGUUUCUCGUUCAAUAGUAAAAAAGUCAUCCGAUUGGAUAAAGAUUCCUCAAACCGAACAGGAAAUGAACUUGGCAAAAACAGAAUGGCAAAGAAAAUUAAAGUUUCCAAAUGCAAUCGGAGCAUUGGAUUGCACUCAUGUACUAAUAUUAAAGCCAAGCAUCCAUGGGGACGAAUUCAUUAACAGAAAGGGAUUAGCAUCGUUUAUUGUUCAGGUUACAUGUAAUGCGAAUGAGAAGAUAACAAGCUUUGAUUGCAGAAGGGCAGGAUCCGUGCACGACUCGAGAAUUUGGAAAAAUUCCAUAGUUCGUGAACUUUUAGAUGAAAAUCCUGCAGGUGCAAUUUUGUUGGGCGAUGAGGGCUAUGCCAUUACUCCAUGGCUGAUGAUCCCAUAUCGUAAUACCACGAGCUUUUCGCAAAUGGAGUAUAACAAACUUCAUUGCAAAGAGCGGGUUAUAAUUGAGCGAGUGUUCGGUCAAGUAAAAAGGCGAUUUACAAUUUUGCAGUCGAAAAUUCGAAUAUCAACUAAUCGCAUACCUACAAUCAUAGCUGCGUGCUUCGUUUUACACAAUGUAGCGAAGUAUCUAAAAGAACCUGAUUUUGAUGAGCCAAAAGAGACCACCAAUUUUGAAACCGGCUUAGCCUUUCCGAUCCAUGAUCAAGCAAAUAGCACCAUAAGAAAAAGAGGUAUACUGAGAAGAAAUGAGAUUGCGCGCUACAUAAACUCCAUUUCGAAUUAAAUUUCACAUUUCUUAUUAUUGCAAUAUAUUAAUACUGGUUGUUUUCUUGAAAAUGAUUAUGUAUGUACAUAUGUAUGUAGUAUCAUAUAAAAAGAGAUUCACUUACGGCCCUUUUCUCAACUAACCUUUAAUUUAAAGCUCACUUUAUAUUUAAAGGUUGCUUUAAAAUAUAUAGCUAUGUCUGAAGUAAAGCAUUUGUAUAUCUGUUUUGACGUAUGUAUGUU